AUGGACUGCCUAGUCUGCUUCAACAAGUACAACAUCUACAGAAUCCCAAAGCUCCUGGACUGCCAGCAUGCCUUCUGUGCUGUCUGCCUCAAGCUCAUCCUCAGGAGAGAAGGGAACACUUGGCUCAUCACCUGCCCCCUCUGCAGAAAGGCCACUGGUGUGUCAGGAGGACUCAUCCGCACGCUUCAAAAUAAAGAGGACAUCAUGGAGCACUUGGAAAACCCUGAUUCAAAUCCUGAGAUACACAUUUCUGCUAUAGGGCUUGACAGCACUAGCUGGACUCAGAGCAGCCAAGACAUUUUAUACACAGAGGAAAACAUUCCAGCAGACAACAGACUGGCUGUCCAGAGACUUGUGCUGCUCCUGCUGCUGCUGGUGAUCCUCACUAUCCUCAUCCUCCCGUUCAUCUACUCGGGGAUGAUAAAAUGGGUAAUUUGUCUCAUGCUUCUUCUGGGGUUGGUCAUGUCUAUGGUGCUUUGCUGCACUCCUAAUUUCUACUGCAGGUGUAAUAGGAACUCACUCACCUCCUGCCACAAGGAGACUCACAUUGUUGCUAUUGCCUAA